AUGGAGUUUUUAACGAGUUCGUUGGAUUCGUUAAUUCAAUCCAAAGCUUUUUGUUCCUACGGGAAAGGGUUAGCGUUGAAUUUAGCCCUCCUUGAAGAUAUACUUCCAACAUUAAUACACUCCUUAUGUCCAGAAACAACUAUACGAACGUUUGUUGCUCUAAAAGAGUUUGUGAUAACUCAGUUACUUGGAGAAAAAAAUUUACAAAUUAAAAUAAAUAGUAAGAAUGUAAUGCAGAAGCGGAGCUUUGAUAGUAGCAGUAAUACAAUGAUUAAUACAGCUCGAGAACAACAUAAUUUAUUGGUGGAAGAAUGGAAUCCUCGGUUCAAGAAUCUUUGCCUUAGAUUAAUUGAUCUACUAGAACGCCACAUGUUUCAUUAUGCUUGUUCUAUAGUCAAUUCAACCGAAUGGCCUUUAUUAAGUGUUGAGGACCAGAAUCGUGUUAAUGAAUUUGGACUCUUCAUUGAAAUGCGAAUGCCUAGAAUUGCCCCACCUCGUCUUUCAAGUGCUUCAGGCCAUAAUUAUUGCAAAAGAUCGUCUUCUGUGGGGAUUUAUUCAAGCCAUCCAGAGAGGGAAUUAAUUAGAAAUGAAACAACAGUAGUUCCGGAAAGGGCUAGGUCAAUGGAAAGGAUUAGAGGAGGAGUUGAUGGACGUGCUGGGAGUAGUAGACGAACUAGUAGACAAAUAAGCGGAGGUUCCUACUCGAGACCUUCUUCAUUAGCUAUUCAGGUAGAAGAGGAGAAUUUAUAUGAAAGUGAUCAAACAAGUGUAGCAACAACUACAGUACAACUUGAAAAUGAAUUGACAACUCAAAGUGGCACAAAAAACGAGCAGAAGUUGGAGAAGGAAACAGCAACUAGAAUCCCUGAAAAAACCUCAGAGAAAAAUUCCCCUAAUAAUAAAAAUUCAAAGGAUCCGAAGCAAGAUGAAGAGGAAGAAGUUUUAGAGAAUAUUCAAUCAACAUCGACAACUACAAUUGAUUGUAGUGAUCAAUCCUUACAAAAUUUAGAGAAUCAAAAAAGUUUGAAGGAAAAUGAAUUAUCAAAUACGGAAGUUAAAAAUGAUGAAAAUUUUGCUGAAAAAAUUUCUGAAAAUUUAAUUAUAAAUGAGCAAAUUGAUGGAAAGGAGGGAAGCAAAGAAGAAGAUAUUCAAGCAAAUACAGAUCGAAGGGUAAAAUUUUUUUUGAAUUUCUGUCUGAAUAAUAAUAAAUAUUAAAAAAGCGGCACUCUCCAUUUAAAAAAGUCCACUUUCAAAAAACCCUCUUUCAAUCAAGAGGCACUCCGGCACUCCCUCAUACGACACUCUCAGCC